AUGAACCGAUCAUCUCGCUCCGUGUCCCGCCACCCACCACCUCCCAGAUAUUAUCGUCGUGACAGCACGCGAUCGCGCUCCCGCUCGCGGUCGCGACGCCGCUCUCGCGAGCGCAAGUCGGGGUCCGGCAGCAGCGGCGGCGCCGGGCUGUCCAAGUCCACGGCGGGCGUGGCCAUCGCGGGCAUCGGCAUCGCCGCGCUGGUCGCCCACAAGAUAUGGAAGGGCGACGGCCACUCGGACAACUCCAGGCGCCGCGAUCGGGACGGGGAGCGCCGCGGUCGUGACGGGGAGGGGCGCGACGACUGCGGACGGCGAGGGACGAGGAGGCGGGACGAGGAGGAGGAGGAGCGGCCGUGUCGCUCGCUCCAGCAGGCGGCCGGCUGGGCGGGCGAGGAUCCGCGCGGCAGCCGGGAUGCAGGGCGCCGGCAGGACCAGCGACCGACCGACGGUCGCGCCCUCCGGCAGGCGGAAGACCGGGGUGGGCCGGCGACGACGACCCGGCUGGCGCGCGGCCCGAACAAGAAGCUCGGAGCAAGAAGCGGCCGAGCGUGA